AAGAGAACAGAGUGACUAUGGUCUUUGCUCACAGAAUGGAUAACGACCAAUCACCUGUACUUGCUGCUACCCUGCUGGUGCCCCUUCAGAACUACAGCUGCCUGGAAGCAGCUGAGGCCCUGCUGCCCCAUGGCCUGAUGGGAUUCCCUGAGGAGCACGACUGGAUGAGCAACAGGACAGACCUUCAGUAUGGACUCAACCCUGGAGAGGUGGCCACAGCCAGCAUUUUCUUCGGCGCUCUGUGGUUGUUCUCGAUCUUUGGCAAUUCCCUGGUGUGUCUGGUCAUCCACAGGAGCCGGAGGACUCAGUCCACCACCAACUACUUUGUGGUCUCCAUGGCAUGUGCUGACCUUCUCAUCAGCGUGGCCAGCACACCGUUUGUCGUGCUGCAGUUCACCACCGGAAGGUGGACCCUCGGUAGCGCCAUGUGCAAGGUAGUGCGCUACUUCCAGUAUCUCACUCCAGGCGUCCAGAUCUACGUGCUCCUCUCCAUCUGCAUCGACCGGUUCUACACCAUCGUCUACCCUCUGAGCUUCAAGGUGUCCAGAGAGAAGGCCAAGAAGAUGAUCGCCGCCUCCUGGGUCUUAGAUGCAGCCUUCGUGACACCUGUCUUCUUUUUCUAUGGCUCCAGCUGGGACAGCCACUGUAACUACUUCCUCCCUCCCUCCUGGGAGGGAACUGCCUACACUGUCAUCCACUUCUUGGUGGGGUUUGUGAUUCCCUCUGUCCUCAUAAUCUUAUUUUACCAGAAGGUCAUAAAGUAUAUCUGGAGAAUAGGCACUGAUGGGCGGACCCUGAGGAGGACAAUGAACAUUGUCCCCAGGACCAAGGUGAAAACGGUCAAGAUGUUUCUCCUCUUGAACGUAGUGUUUCUGUUCUCCUGGCUGCCUUUCCAUGUGGCUCAGCUCUGGCACCCCCAUGAGCAAGACUACAGGAAGAGCUCGCUUGUCUUCACAGCGGUCACAUGGGUAUCCUUUAGCUCUUCAGCCUCAAAGCCCACUCUCUACUCCAUUUAUAAUGCCAACUUUCGGAGAGGGAUGAAGGAGACUUUGUGCAUGUCCUCGAUGAAAUGUUACCGCAGCAAUGCCUACACCAUCACAACCAGUUCAAGGAUGGCCAAAAGAAACUAUGUUGGCAUUUCGGAAAUCCCUCCCAUGAGCAGGACGAUAACCAAAGACUCUGUCUAUGACUCAUUUGACCGAGAGGCCAGGGAAAAGAAGCUGGCCUGGCCCAUCAAUUCAAACCCACCAAACACUUUUGUCUGAUUUCUAAGAAUUCCUUCACUGUUAUGUGCCAGAGAUUAAAAAGCUUUAAAUAUAAA